AUGUGGGCACUGAUAGCCUUGCUGCUGCUGGAUCCAAGGAUUGGAAGAGCUGCCACCAUGGAUAAGCCCAUUCUGUCCUUGCACCCACCCUGGACCACAAUCUUUAAGGGGGAACGGGUAACCCUGAGGUGUGAUGGGUACCACCCCUUGCUCCUGGAGCUCCGGCCAAUCAGCACAUUGUGGUACUUGGGGCACCUGCUACUUCCCUCACAUAAGAAGAGCAUCGAGGUGCAGACACCAGGGGUGUAUCGAUGUCAGACCCGAGGGGCACCUGUCAGUGAUCCAAUCCACCUCUCUGUGUCCAAUGAUUGGCUGAUCCUACAGGUUCCCUAUGCCAUGGUGUUUGAGGGUGAACAACUAGUGAUACGCUGCCGAGGCUGGUAUGACAAAGUUGUUUACAAGCUCCACUACUACAAGGAUGGGCACGUCAUGCGCUACUUCCAGUCUAGUGCCAACUACACGAUACCCCAUGCACAGGCCAGUGAUAGUGGACACUACCAGUGCUCAGGAACCCUGCGUAUCCCAGUGGAGAGUACCCCUAUGUUCUCUGCCAAGGUGGUGGUUACCAUCCAAGAGCUGUUUGCAUCUCCCGUGCUGAAAGUGGUGCACAAACCUGAGUCCCGCAGUGGGGGUGGGGUGACCCUUCGCUGUGAAACAAGUCUGCACCCCCAGAAGCGGGACACGCCGCUGCAGUUUUCCUUCUACAAGUACAGCCGCCCUGUGCGCCGCUUUGACUGGGGAGCUGAGUAUACCGUCCCGGAAACUGAGACCGAGGACCUGGAAUCGUACUGGUGUGAAGCUGCCACUGUGGCCCGCAGCGUGCGCAAACGCAGCCCUUGGUUGCAACUCUCAGGGAAGGGUUCCUUCUCCAGCACAUCGUCCAUCACAACCCGAGCUCCUGUACCAGCAGCCAUAUCCAAGAACCCCAUUUCAAAGCCCCUCUCCUUCAGAAAGCCUCCUGAUCCCAGAUCUGUGCCCUCCAUCACCUCUGCCCCAAACUCCACCUUGACCAGGACCCUUGCCUCUAUGCCAAGCAUUCCCACUCCUGGGCCCACUGCUUGCACUCCUCUAACAUCCUUGGGUCAAUCUACCUACUCUUUGAAGUCCAACAUGGACCUAUUCCUUCAGGAAAUGCAGCUGCUUAAAGGCCUUCUGAGACAAGUGGUACUAGAGCUGAAGGAGCCACACACAGUUUUGGGGCUCAGAGGGAUACCAGAAAUACCUAUCUUAGAUUUGGGGGUGAGCCCAGCCACUCCAGAGGUCACAGGAAGGGGUUAA